AUGUCCCAAGUGAUGUCACUGGUCGUCAUCUCUCGGCCGCCUGCCUGCCCGUUUCUGCACAAGCCAUUCCACUGCCCGCCGCUUCGCUGCUGUGCCGACUUAUUGAGACGUCUCAAAUUCUGCACAAGCCAAUCCACUGCCCACCGCUUCACCGCCGUGUCAACCCCUCCCAUCCCUCCACCCUCCCACGCUCCCAGCCUUCCCACCACGCACACCACUCCAUCACCUCGUGGUUUCGUUCCGCCAGCACUCACCGCCUAUUUCCCCUCUGCUCUUACCACCUGUGCUCUUACCACCUGUGCUCUUACCACCUGUGCUCUUGCCACCUGUGCUCUUGCCACCUGUGCUCUUGCCACCUGUGCUCUUGCCACCUGUGCUCUUGCCACCUGUGCUCUUGCCACCUGUGCUCUUACCACCUGUGCUCUUGCCACCUGUGCUCUUGCCACCUGUGCUCUUACCACCUGUGCUCUUACCACCUGUGCUCUUACCACCUGUGCUCUUACCACCUGUGCUCUCACCACCUGUGUCCUCCAAGCUCCGUGCUCCCCGGCUGCUCAUCCGUCCCUUUCUCCUGGUUUUUCCCUCCCCAUCACCGUCAAGCAAUCACAUUCAUCCCCCCUUUUCCCUUUCCCCUUUGCCAUUUCCCUCACCACCUCACUCCCUUUCCCUUUUCCCCCUUCUCUCCCCUUUUUCCCAUUCCCUCUUCCCGCUUCCGCCUUCCGCUUUCCGCCUUCCACGUUCCCCCUUCCUUUUUGCCCUCCCCAUCCCUCCUCCCCCUUUCCACCUUUCCUCCUCCCUCGUCUCCCUUCCCCUUUCUCCGUGCUCUUUUUCCUCCCCAUUGCCCUUUUUCCUCCCCAUUGCCCUUUUUCCUCCCGAUUGCCCUUUUUCCUCCCCAUUGCCCUUUUUCCUCCCCAUUGCCCUUUUUCCUCCCCAUUUCCCUUUUCUCUCCCCAUUUCCCUUUUUCCUCCCCAUUUCCCUUUUUCCUCCCCAUUUCCCUUUUUCCUCCCCAUUUCCCUUUUUCCUCCCCAUUUCCCUUUUUCCUCCCCAUUGCCCUUUUUCCUCCCCAUUGCCCUUUUUCCUCCCCAUUGCCCUUUUUCCUCCCCAUUGCCCUUUUUCCUCCCCAUUGCCCUUUUUCCUCCCCAUUGCCCUUUUUCCUCCCCAUUUCCCUUUUUUCUCCCCAUUUCCCUUUUUCCUCCCCAUUUCCCUUUUUCCUCCCCAUUUCCCUUUUUCCUCCCCAUUUCCCUUUUUCCUCCCCAUUUCCCUUUUUCCUGUCUUCUCCUCCCACUUCCCCCUGCCCCUUCCCUUCGUGCCCUUUCCCCUCCCGAUUGUUCCUCCCUCCUCUUCCCCCUAAACCCUAUAUGCGCACACCUGCAGGAUUCCGGCACACAGCUAGCCAUGGGCCUCACAUGCGACUCACCUCCCUGCACCGAAUCCCACCGUCUUGCACCUCGAUCUGGCGUGGUGGCGAAGGAUGUGUCCACAGUGUCGUACCAUGGGGGGCCACUGGAUGAUGAGAUGACCACGACAUUGUUCGUGCCACCUGUUCCUUCGACUCUACUGCGUCUGAUCACCGAUUCUCUCAUGCACCACUGCUGCCAAUCAUGCACCACUGCUGCCAAUCAUGCACCACUGCUGCCAAUCAUGCACCACUGCUGCCAAUCAUGCACCACUGCUGCCAAUCAUGCACCACUGCUGCCAAUCAUGCACCACUGCUGCCAAUCAUGCACCACUGCUGCCAAUCAUGCACCACUGCUCCCAAUCAUGCACCACUGCUCCCAAUCAUGCACCACUGCUGCCAAUCAUGCACCACUGCUGCCAAUCAUGCACCACUGCUGCCAAUCAUGCACCACUGCUGCCAAUCAUGCACCACUGCUGCCAAUCAUGCACCACUGCUGCCAAUCAUGCACCACUGCUGCCAAUCAUGCACCACUGCUGCCAAUCAUGCACCACUGCUCCCAAUCAUGCACCACUGCUCCCAAUCAUGCACCACUGCUGCCAAUCAUGCACCACUGCUGCCAAUCAUGCACCACUGCUGCCAAUCAUGCACCACUGCUGCCAAUCAUGCACCACUGCUGCCAAUCAUGCACCACUGCUGCCAAUCAUGCACCACUGCUGCCAAUCAUGCACCACUGCUGCCAAUCAUGCACCACUGCUGCCAAUCAUGCACCACUGCUGCCAAUCAUGCACCACUGCUGCCAAUCAUGCACCACUGCUGCCAAUCAUGCACCACUGCUGCCAAUCAUGCACCACUGCUGCCAAUCAUGCACCACUGCUGCCAAUCAUGCACCACUGCUGCCAAUCAUGCACCACUGCUGCCAAUCAUGCACCACUGCUGCCAAUCAUGCACCACUGCUGCCAAUCAUGCACCACUGCUGCCAAUCAUGCACCACUGCUGCCAAUCAUGCACCACUGCUGCCAAUCAUGCACCACUGCUGCCAAUCAUGCACCACUGCUGCCAAUCAUGCACCACUGCUGCCAAUCAUGCACCACUGCUGCCAAUCAUGCACCACUGCUGCCAAUCAUGCACCACUGCUGCCAAUCAUGCACCACUGCUGCCAAUCAUGCACCACUGCUGCCAAUCAUGCACCACUGCUGCCAAUCAUGCACCACUGCUGCCAAUCAUGCACCACUGCUGCCAAUCAUGCACCACUGCUGCCAAUCAUGCACCACUGCUGCCAAUCAUGCACCACUGCUGCCAAUCAUGCACCACUGCUGCCAAUCAUGCACCACUGCUGCCAAUCAUGCACCACUGCUGCCAAUCAUGCACCACUGCUGCCAAUCAUGCACCACUGCUGCCAAUCAUGCACCACUGCUGCCAAUCAUGCACCACUGCUGCCAAUCAUGCACCACUGCUGCCAAUCAUGCACCACUGCUGCCAAUCAUGCACCACUGCUGCCAAUCAUGCACCACUGCUGCCAAUCAUGCACCACUGCUGCCAAUCAUGCACCACUGCUGCCAAUCAUGCACCACUGCUGCCAAUCAUGCACCACUGCUGCCAAUCAUGCACCACUGCUGCCAAUCAUGCACCACUGCUGCCAAUCAUGCACCACUGCUGCCAAUCAUGCACCACUGCUGCCAAUCAUGCACCACUGCUGCCAAUCAUGCACCACUGCUGCCAAUCAUGCACCACUGCUGCCAAUCAUGCACCACUGCUCCCAAUCAUGCACCACUGCUCCCAAUCAUGCACCACUGCUGCCAAUCAUGCACCACUGCUGCCAAUCAUGCACCACUGCUGCCAAUCAUGCACCACUGCUGCCAAUCAUGCACCACUGCUGCCAAUCAUGCACCACUGCUCCCAAUCAUGCACCACUGCUGCCAAUCAUGCACCACUGCUGCCAAUCAUGCACCACUGCUGCCAAUCAUGCACCACUGCUGCCAAUCAUGCACCACUGCUGCCAAUCAUGCACCACUGCUGCCAAUCAUGCACCACUGCUGCCAAUCAUGCACCACUGCUGCCAAUCAUGCACCACUGCUGCCAAUCAUGCACCACUGCUGCCAAUCAUGCACCACUGCUGCCAAUCAUGCACCACUGCUGCCAAUCAUGCACCACUGCUGCCAAUCAUGCACCACUGCUGCCAAUCAUGCACCACUGCUGCCAAUCAUGCACCACUGCUGCCAAUCAUGCACCACUGCUGCCAAUCAUGCACCACUGCUGCCAAUCAUGCACCACUGCUGCCAAUCAUGCACCACUGCUGCCAAUCAUGCACCACUGCUGCCAAUCAUGCACCACUGCUGCCAAUCAUGCACCACUGCUGCCAAUCAUGCACCACUGCUGCCAAUCAUGCACCACUGCUGCCAAUCAUGCACCACUGCUGCCAAUCAUGCACCACUGCUGCCAAUCAUGCACCACUGCUGCCAAUCAUGCACCACUGCUGCCAAUCAUGCACCACUGCUGCCAAUCAUGCACCACUGCUGCCAAUCAUGCACCACUGCUGCCAAUCAUGCACCACUGCUGCCAAUCAUGCACCACUGCUGCCAAUCAUGCACCACUGCUGCCAAUCAUGCACCACUGCUGCCAAUCAUGCACCACUGCUGCCAAUCAUGCACCACUGCUGCCAAUCAUGCACCACUGCUGCCAAUCAUGCACCACUGCUGCCAAUCAUGCACCACUGCUGCCAAUCAUGCACCACUGCUGCCAAUCAUGCACCACUGCUGCCAAUCAUGCACCACUGCUGCCAAUCAUGCACCACUGCUGCCAAUCAUGCACCACUGCUGCCAAUCAUGCACCACUGCUGCCAAUCAUGCACCACUGCUGCCAAUCAUGCACCACUGCUGCCAAUCAUGCACCACUGCUGCCAAUCAUGCACCACUGCUGCCAAUCAUGCACCACUGCUGCCAAUCAUGCACCACUGCUGCCAAUCAUGCACCACUGCUGCCAAUCAUGCACCACUGCUGCCAAUCAUGCACCACUGCUGCCAAUCAUGCACCACUGCUGCCAAUCAUGCACCACUGCUGCCAAUCAUGCACCACUGCUGCCAAUCAUGCACCACUGCUGCCAAUCAUGCACCACUGCUGCCAAUCAUGCACCACUGCUGCCAAUCAUGCACCACUGCUGCCAAUCAUGCACCACUGCUGCCAAUCAUGCACCACUGCUGCCAAUCAUGCACCACUGCUGCCAAUCAUGCACCACUGCUGCCAAUCAUGCACCACUGCUGCCAAUCAUGCACCACUGCUGCCAAUCAUGCACCACUGCUGCCAAUCAUGCACCACUGCUGCCAAUCAUGCACCACUGCUGCCAAUCAUGCACCACUGCUGCCAAUCAUGCACCACUGCUGCCAAUCAUGCACCACUGCUGCCAAUCAUGCACCACUGCUGCCAAUCAUGCACCACUGCUGCCAAUCAUGCACCACUGCUGCCAAUCAUGCACCACUGCUGCCAAUCAUGCACCACUGCUGCCAAUCAUGCACCACUGCUGCCAAUCAUGCACCACUGCUGCCAAUCAUGCACCACUGCUGCCAAUCAUGCACCACUGCUGCCAAUCAUGCACCACUGCUGCCAAUCAUGCACCACUGCUGCCAAUCAUGCACCACUGCUGCCAAUCAUGCACCACUGCUGCCAAUCAUGCACCACUGCUGCCAAUCAUGCACCACUGCUGCCAAUCAUGCACCACUGCUGCCAAUCAUGCACCACUGCUGCCAAUCAUGCACCACUGCUGCCAAUCAUGCACCACUGCUGCCAAUCAUGCACCACUGCUGCCAAUCAUGCACCACUGCUGCCAAUCAUGCACCACUGCUGCCAAUCAUGCACCACUGCUGCCAAUCAUGCACCACUGCUGCCAAUCAUGCACCACUGCUGCCAAUCAUGCACCACUGCUGCCAAUCAUGCACCACUGCUGCCAAUCAUGCACCACUGCUGCCAAUCAUGCACCACUGCUGCCAAUCAUGCACCACUGCUGCCAAUCAUGCACCACUGCUGCCAAUCAUGCACCACUGCUGCCAAUCAUGCACCACUGCUGCCAAUCAUGCACCACUGCUGCCAAUCAUGCACCACUGCUGCCAAUCAUGCACCACUGCUGCCAAUCAUGCACCACUGCUGCCAAUCAUGCACCACUGCUGCCAAUCAUGCACCACUGCUGCCAAUCAUGCACCACUGCUGCCAAUCAUGCACCACUGCUGCCAAUCAUGCACCACUGCUGCCAAUCAUGCACCACUGCUGCCAAUCAUGCACCACUGCUGCCAAUCAUGCACCACUGCUGCCAAUCAUGCACCACUGCUGCCAAUCAUGCACCACUGCUGCCAAUCAUGCACCACUGCUGCCAAUCAUGCACCACUGCUGCCAAUCAUGCACCACUGCUGCCAAUCAUGCACCACUGCUGCCAAUCAUGCACCACUGCUGCCAAUCAUGCACCACUGCUGCCAAUCAUGCACCACUGCUGCCAAUCAUGCACCACUGCUGCCAAUCAUGCACCACUGCUGCCAAUCAUGCACCACUGCUGCCAAUCAUGCACCACUGCUGCCAAUCAUGCACCACUGCUGCCAAUCAUGCACCACUGCUGCCAAUCAUGCACCACUGCUGCCAAUCAUGCACCACUGCUGCCAAUCAUGCACCACUGCUGCCAAUCAUGCACCACUGCUGCCAAUCAUGCACCACUGCUGCCAAUCAUGCACCACUGCCGCCAAUCAUGCACCACUGCUGCCAAUCAUGCACCACUGCUGCCAAUCAUGCACCACUGCGGCUGCCCAUCCAUCAUCACCCCUGCUCCCCCUCCUCAUCUUGCCUCUCAUCUCUGCUCCACCUCACAUCCCUCUCAACGUUCUUAACUACUUUCGCUUUCCUCUCUGCUCACCCCUGCCGAACUCCCACUACUCCAAGCGCUGCUCACUGGAAGAUGUCCCAAGAUCUGCUCACUCCUGGCUAACACCCCUCUCAACGAUCUCUAACUCCUUUAGCUUUCCCCUCUGCUCACUCCUGGCUGACUGCCACUACUCUCAAACGCGACCUUUCUUUCCAUUGUAUACACUUUCUCUCUCCUCCAUCAAGUCUUCCCCCUCACCCACCCAUGCCGUUCCGCUCUUGAUCUUCUCUGCCCUCUCUCCCACUCCCUCCCCGCCUCUCCCUGGCCCCUCGCAGCUCACACUCAGCGCCCGCAACUACACUCUCUCGCUGCCAGACAUUGAAGCAGAGGAGAGCUACUAG